AUGUCCUCCGACGACAGCUCUCCCAAUGACGGCCCAGGUCGAAACCGUCGUGGCUCCUUCACCCAGCAAACAUUCACUUCCAUCUUCGGAGCCAGAUCCAAUAGUACUGCCGGCGCACCCACCGCUCCAUUCCCGAGUGCCAUCAACACCAGUGCCCAAGACCAGCGCCGCCGCAUGUCAAUCUCCACUCUAGGUCUCUCUGGCACUUCUCCUAGUCAAACCUCUCCAUUCCCCUUCAAUGCUAGACGUGGUAGUGUCUCAACCGCUGGCUCCGAGUCUAUUGAUGAGAAUGCCAUUGACGAUGAGGAUGGUCCUCCUCGAAGCACUCCCACCACACCCUUCGCCCGUCGCAUGUCAUUUGGAGCACAAGCGUUGCGACGGGCCCAGCCAAAUGGCGUAAGCCCAGGCACAAAUGGUAGAACUCCCUCUUAUACCACCAGCAAACCCACAUCUCUCCCCACAAUCCCAUCCGGACCUCGCAGCGUUCGCGCGGGGUCGGUGACAGGAAACGGAGGUGGUGGAGGUAGCAUUACUCCCCCCUCAACACAGGCAAGCACGCAAUCAAAGCCCCGAACAACAUCUGACUAUGGUUCUUCUGCUCGUCCAGGUGCCGAUGGAAGCGGCUUCAACUGGUCCGAGCAGCUUAGGUCUCGAGCCGAGAGUUCCGUUUCGCAGUCCCAACGACCCAACUUCAACAACCUUUCCAAGCCUAUGGCUGCUCAUGACCGUACCAAGAGUGUUAGUGACAUGCCAGCUCCACCAACCUCGGUUCCUGCGCCUGCGCGUACUCCUCCCAAGCCAGCGAGAAAACAACCAGACGCGUUUCAAGAGCGAAUUCUCAAGGGAGAUUUCUACAUGGAUUGA